CUUUGGAUUUCAACAUGGCCGCCGCGAGAUCGUUAUAAAUAUUCAUGAUUUUGAAGAGUGAUUCGGAAACUAGAGAAGCAUCUCUUAAAUGGAAUGAUAAUUCAUAAUGACAAGUAGACAUUGGAAGAAGCGUAUAAUUUUAUGUUGAUACCCUUAGGAGAAUGUUUUCGAACGCUUCGAGGAAUCGGUGAACGAUGUUAAACGUUACUCACCAGCUUAGGAAGAAGGUAAAACUGUAACAUUUCUUUAUCGAAAGCGGCUGAAAUAUAGCUUAAGAGUUUUUAGAUUUGCGAGAGAGUUUUGUUUACUAUGAUAGCAUUGCACGCAUGCCAUCCUAACGUAGAUCGUAUUACGAGUAAGUAGAGUGAAACCUUGACUUGUUUCGAGUGUAAUUUAACUGACCACAGACCCGUGAACAACUGCUACAAGUAACAAUACAUCCGUUCUAAAACGAUAGCAAUGGUUGUCAAACCAUAUUAUGUUCACGUUGUCGUGUUAACUGUCACAGAUAAGCUCCAAUUUCGGGACUUACUAGACUUAUCCCAUUUCCAUUUCCUAAUUCUCUUCUGAAUAGCUCUUUCUGGGAGAAAUCGAUGAUAAAACCGACAAGGUGAAAGAUAGAAGUAGCUCGAAAACGAACGAGAUGCAGACUUCUGGACUAGCAGAAGACAAUUCACCAAUAAACAAGCGAAAGUCUUUGCCGGCUGUGCCAUCUCCAGAGGAAGAAAAGUCGAUGAAUUUAUCGGUUGCAAAGCAGAGAUCACCAACAGCUAAUCCUACUCAGGUGAAGGCGUAUGGGCCAUAUUUCCUCGAGUACACGCUAAUGGCGGAAUAGUAAGUUUUCGCUAUUACUUUAAUUGCAUUAUAAUCGUGUGUACAAUGCGCGAGUUUUGACGCCGUGAAUAAUUUACACGGAGCUGACAAAUGUAAGUCUUAUUAACUUACAUGUUUAUAAAAUAUUUCACUAAUUGCUUUAGCUAGAGAUUCAAAUUCCUUCAGAUUCCCUUUAUGUAUUAGUGUCUGGGCGCUCAUUAUAUUUAGCUCUUGACCAUCACAAAUGAAGCUUGACUGUUAAAGCGAUAAGCAUUCAAUGUAGCAACAUGGGGUCUUUGCACCGUAUAAACUUUUAUGAUCUUACAGUUAAAAUUGGUGAAUUACAAUUUGCAAUGAUAUGGUUUGACCAUAAAUUCAUUACGAUGGGAAUGCAGAACUUAAGAAGCAAACUUAAUAUCCUUUAGAACUUUUAUGGUGUUUUCAUCAUUCUGGCUCUGCUUGUUUAAAGGUUGGAUAAUGCUAUUCACCAGAUAAAUCUAUAGCAUGGUUAUGUUUUUCUUUCACUCAUUUACUGAAUAGUCUUACCUGCCCUUUACACAACUGGGCCCUCCGUAAUGUGAUAUAAGUGGUAUUUGUAUAGGGGAGGGUUUAUUGAAGCACAAAGCAGAUAAUAUGAGAAGAGGCUACAGUGAAGUCUCUGCACAGCUGGGCAACACUCUUGAUGGUUCAAACGAAGUUUCAUUCCAAUUACAGGACAAAAGGUUUCUGAAAAAGGUGUUAAUAAUGUUUUGAGUAAUUCAGUCACAGUAGAAUGUUUGGAUACUUAGGCUAGUUAUUUUUCAAAGAAAAAAAAAAGAACCAUAAAACUUUUGGAAAUAAUAAUUCAAAUUAUUUGUGUGCAUUCAUAGUGUUCAAAACAUCCAAGUCCAAAUGAAAACCUGACAACUAUAUCAGCCAUGAAAGUGUGACGGAACACAUGUUGUAUCUCAUUUUUAAUACUUAUUUUGGUUUUAAAUCUGUGAUCCUUGCAUUAAUCAAGUGGCUUAUCUCAUCCUCUUCACAGCAAUCAGCUUAGAAGUCAAAGACUCCCAGGUGUUUAUGUCCUUCCAGCUGCCAAGUCUCCUCUCAGUAAGGAUUUGUUAUUAUUUCAUUUAAAACAUGGUUUACCACAGUCUUUUUUGUUCUUUGCUUGUAAUAAAACAAAGAAACAUCUUUCUUGCUUGGAAACCUACAGCAACUUGUCUGUUUCUUAUGUCUACUCUUUCAGUAUGGUUUGGAGUUAUUUUUAUCAGGAUGGGCUCUUACCAAGAUGGUAUAUUCAAGUUUGUCAUGAAAAUUCCAGAAAAUUUCCCAGAUGGAGACUGUCCUGUAAGUAAAUAACCAUCCAAACAUCGUACAGCAAAAACAAGUCAUUAAAUACUCUAGCAAUAAUUGGUGAUGUAUUAAAUGAAAUAAUUCCACAGAGCUGUUCAUUUAAUUUAUUUAGUUUGUUUUGGGGGCAUUUGGCCACAAGUUUCCCUUAGAGUCUUUUUCUUCUGGACAUAGAUUGAUUAUUAACCAUUUCUGACUACAAUACUACACAGGCUGAAUUACUUGCAGACCAAGAAAUCACUCUUAUUUCUGGCAUGUGGGGAUGCAUGGUUGGAAAAUAAAUGCUCUGCAAAGUCAUUUUACUGCUCUUCAGGGACUUGGAAAUGAAUAAUUUAUCUCUCACUAACUACUUUUUCUCUGUCUGUACAGUUAGUUAUGGACUAAGUUUUUCUGCUUGGAUUUAUGUGCAAAGUAUGAAAGGCAUAAAGCUGAGUGGAAAAAAAUGAGUCUCCAUAACUUACAAUAAGGACUGAGAAAUUGAGUUUGUGGGCUCAAUUUGAGGGGGGAGAUGUAACAAAGGGCUGUGCUCUUGCAGUGGACAGAAGCCACAGGUGACUGUCUUUUUUCUCUGUGCUGUUUGUGUCUAUGAGAGCUGAGAACCUCAGAUUUAUGAGACAGGAGUCUUGAGGCACCUAACUUUUCUUCUCAGAGCGUAGUUGGGGACUGAAAAUUUGCUGUUUAAUUGAUUUGCAAACAUUGUGUGCUUUAUUAAAAUGUAAAACAUUUUUUUUCACAGAGUGUUGUAUUCAAGCCCCCAGUUUUUCAUCCUGUUGUAAAUUUGGAGACUGGAGAAUUAGAUGUUAAGCGAGCUUUUCCAAAGUGGAGGUAGUGCAUCUUUUUUUGGAUGAGGGGGAGGGGGGUGGGGAGGGUGUUGGGUGUUUUUGGAAAUUGUUGUCAGUUGAAAGAAAAUCUUUGAUACACCAAAGAGACAGGAAUGAACCCAAAAGGGAGCAAGGAUAGUGAAGAUUCACAAAUAGAAAAUGUGAAAAAUUCUGGCUAAGUACUUCUACAUAGUUCUGAUCUAGUUAAUUAUUAUGCACUUCAGUCUAUGAACUGCAGUUUGCAAUGUAUAAACUUAGGUGAUCAGUUGAUCUGGUGAAAGUGUCCCAAAAACUGUUUUUAUUUUUCUUCUUCUUCUCUUUCCUUUUUUUUUUUAAAUUUUUUUUCAUUUUAAGGAGAAACAUAAAUCACUUGUGUCAAGUGUUGCUGUAUGCUAGAAGGAUAUUUUAUAAAAUUGAUUUGAAGAAUCCACUUAAUCCUGAAGCUGCCAACUUGUGAGUACCAGUCCUCCUCUUCUUCUCCAUGUAUUUACUUACAACUGUGUGUGUAAGAUAAAACUUUGAUUUCAAAUUCUUGCAGUAUUUUUUCCCAACAUUUCUAACUGUGUUGAAGAUUAUGGUAAGUUGUGAAGGCCAUUUGCAAAAGUCUUUUUUUUUUUUCACUCUCAGGUAUGAAAAUGAUAGAGAUAAUUUCAAACAAAAAGUUAACAUGUCACUGAGAGCUUGCCUUAAUGAGCUUCAUUUACCUCUAGCAGAUGACCCUCAUGCAAUUAGGUGGGUGGAGCUUAUUAUCUUUUAUACAUGUACCAAUGUGUAUGGUUCAGUGUUGGCAAAAUGUAAUCUAUCAAUAGUGGCCCAAAUCAUUUUGGCUGUCAAGUCACAUUUUUCUAAAUUUCUUUAGCAGAAAAAACUCACUUGAUACUGUUGAAUGGUGGAUAAAAUUCCAGUCAACAGUAGUUUUUGAAGAACUACAGUUUUAGUGGUAAAUUUAAAUUGUUUUUAAUGUGGUCAAUAGUGUCCAGUGGAACAUGCAUUUGAUUGGGAGCAUGGGUCAUUGGUUUUCAAUAAAAUCAGUUGUACAUAGUCAAUCAAUCAAUCUGUUGAUCCAUCAAUCGGUUGAUCUGCCUGUGAUAUGGUCAGUCAGGUCAGGGGAGUAAACAAUGUUGGAAUGAUUUAAUAAGGACUGAAUAUUCCAAGACUAGGAAAUCACAUGGACAUUGAAUAAAUGUAAAAGGUUUUUUUGUGUUUAUGUUAUGUUCAAACAGGUUUGUUGAACUUAGCCCCGACCAGCAUGAUGAGAUAAAGAAUCAAAUUAUUGAUAUUCAGGUAGAGUAGCAAGUUUUUUCCUCCAUUUUACAUUAUUAAUAAUUUUAUUAUAACUAAUGUUUGGCCAGUCUGGCUGAUUUUGCAUGCAAAACAUUGUACUUUUAGCAAAUCAGUCUUGACCAAAAACCAUAGGUUGAUUAUUGUGGGUGUUUAUUGUAACAGUUUUUGUUUAUUGCCACUGCUUGUUUACAUCUCAACAGAGUAAACCAGAAAGUCUUCCUACAGCCAAUGCACACAAGUCUGGUUUAUCAUGGAUGAAGAAAGGUUCCAAUCAAAUUUUUAGCAAGCAGGAGAGCUAGCACAAUGAUGUAGUCUACUAGAUGGAAAUAUGUAAAUAACCAGACAAACACACACUGUACAGGAGUUCCAGAUUUUUUUUAUGUUUCUGGGUUUUCAUAGGAAAAACAGAAGAUGGAUUAGAGAGUGUAUGAGAAUAGAAUUAUUUGAACUCUUAACAGUGCCUUGGGAAAAAUGCUUGCAACUUGAUUUAAAAAGAUCAACAUUUUCUUCACAGCUAUUUUUAGUGAAAACUGACUUAAAUAGUUCAAAGCAAGUCUUGUGACUUCCAGUCUCUGCUGUUACUAGUAAAUCUCUUGCAUUGAGGUUAUCUUUUCACUUGAAGUCUUUCACAUUAGUGGUCAAUGGUCUGGGUGUAUGUCUAGAGGUCAUUUUAACAGUAGGUGAUUGGUUUUAUUGUGUUUCAUGUCCAAAGGGAAUAAUUCAAUGAUUAUUGUAAGUAAUAAUUAAAAGUUAUAAAUUUAGUCACAAGGAGAUGAAAGUUGAGGUUGAUUAAGUGACAUUCAAAGAAAACCAUCUUUUGUGGAUUAGACAUUGAUGUUGGACAUCCACUGUGUUUCAAUGUUGUGAAUUUGCUAGUGAGCACAGGUAUGACAAACUUAGAUCACAUUCAAACACAAAGUAAAGAUUAUCAUGACUUCCAAAAAAAAGUUGGAUAAGGUUGCCUGAAUCUCUUGUAUCAGGUUAUGGUAGCUUUCACCAGUGAUAGGAUGUUCCUUUUUCUUGAUAAACCACAAGUAAUGAGCCUGUGAAUUUCUGGUAGUAAAAGCAAAGAAUAAAGUGAACCUCUGACUGCAGCCCUCAUUGCUGUUCAUGAGCUCAAAUGAGGGUUGUUGUUGUUUUUUUUUUAAGUGCUCUUUUUCAUCCCAACGAAGUACCUUUUCUUUAAACUAGAAGUGCAGACUAAGAACAGGUCAUAUUUAUAUUUUUCAUAUUUGCAAAAAUCCCUCAAGGCACAAAGUUAUUGUAAAUUGUAACUUUGAAUCCAUUUCUCUUUCCUGGCCACUCCUGGCUUAUAUUUAGUAAAUGGAAAAUGGAAAUUCAAGGGUUAGUUCACAGGAAGGAGUAAUUUAGUUUUUAAUGUCUUACUUUGAGUCUUUGGAGAAGAAAUAUAUGAGUAACUGCCACAUUUGAAAAUCAAAAGGUCCAGCAAGCAGGCCCAGCAAGCAAUUAUAUGAUCAGUUUUUCAUUGUGACAUUAAUGGCAACGUAUCAUUUAAGAAAUAACAAAAACUGUAAUUUUUAUCUCUGUAAUAUACUGAAAUUAUGAAUAAAAUUAAAUGAAUUUGUGUAUGGCCAUUGCUUUUGCAGAGGUUUCAACUUAAGAGUCCGAUAAUUCAACUUUUCUGUUUUUCCUUCUCAUGAAAAUAUUAAAC